CCGCUUGUUCCCUUUCCUCGCGUAUCCGUUAUGUCUUCACGACGCGAACCUAUUAGAAGGGACAGAAGCAGAGACAGAGAGGAUCGAAGCAGCGGCAGGGACCGCUAUCCUCCCCGUGGCGCACCUCGUAGGAGCCGUUCACGGAGCCCACCCCGCCGUGGAGAGAGGAACUGGCGCGGUUCAGACAGGAGAGACGCUCCAGGCCGUGAUAGAGAGGAUGAUCGUCGCGACCGAGACAGGCGGGACGACCGCAGGGACGACCGACGAGACGACAGGCGGCGCGACGACCGGGACAGGAGAGACCAUGGCCGCGAUGCAGGACGGGAACCACUUCCGCCUCCUAGGUCCGAUGGAGACAGAGUACGUGACCGGGACAGGGACACUCGGCCUGUAGACCGCGCCCCAUUGCAAGACUCCAAACCCCCGCCCCGCAUCGAGCCCGAGAGACAGAAGUCUGCGACAGGUACUCCUGAGGUCGAGGCAACUAGUUCCCGACCUGCAGUGGAACCAGAAGCAUCCGCGGACGGUGCAGAGGAAGGAGAAACCAUGGACGCCACCAACGAAGACGAUGCGGCUAUGAUGGCUAUGAUGGGCAUGUCCGGUUUCGGUACCACGAAGGGCAAACAUGUCGAGGGCAAUCAAGAAGGCAGCGCAGACGUCAAGAAGAUGCGGACAUGGCGUCAGUACAUGAACCGGCGUGGGGGAUUCAACAGGCCUCUGGACAAGAUCAAAUAGCCCUGCGCUAUUCUCUGCGCUAUUCAGUACAGCCCGUUGUAUCCUGAUAUCACUGCGGCAGUUGAGUGGUUGCCUCUUUCAUAUAUGUAUCUUUAAUACUACGCUAUCU